CCCUCUCUCCUCCCUCCCUCCCUCCCAGUCUCUAUUCCACCUCCACCCCGUCCGACUCCCACCAGUCCCAGACCGCCUCCACCAAAAAUCCCAGAACCCUAGCGGCUGGCGCCCCGGGGCCGCCAGAUCCCCGCCGCUCCCCGCCAUGCGGAUCCGCAAGACCGCCGCCCGCCUGCUCGGCUCCGCCUACUCCGCCUCCGCGGCCCCCGCCCCUGGCGCAGCGGCCCCGGCCGAGCUACUCCUGACGCCGCCGCCGCCGUCGCACCUCGCGGCGUGCUCGGCGCCGCUCGAAUCCUGCGGGUGGGGCGGCUACUCCAGCCACGCAACUGCCUCCGGGGAGUCCUGCGAGCUCAGCCGCUCGCCGUGGGACCUCAUCGCCGAGCUCUCCCUCUCCGACCCCCAGGUGGAGGACGACCUCGUCGACAGGUACUUCGUCCAUGUCACGACUCGCGCGAGCUGGCUCUUCUCGGCCAGCAUGCCUGUCUCCAGCACGAAGAAGGUGGCUGCAGCUGCCAGGUUGAGAGCUAAGCGGCGGCGUGAUGCUGCAAGGAGGUUAUCGAAGAAGGCUGCAGCAAGCAAGGAGAAAGACAUGAAGCAUGCUGAGGCCUCGAACAAGGCAAAGGUGAAGAAAGAGGAGGGGGAGGAAGUACCAGCGCGGGUCUACAAGUGCAAGAAGAACGACGGCAAGCGGUGGCAUUGCCACCGGACAGUAAGCCAGCCCAACACUCUCUGCAACUACCACUUCGUGCAGAAGCGCUCCUAUCUGAACCCGGACUUCGAUUUCGCUUCGGCAAUCGAGCCGGAGGAGCCUGUGCCUGUGCCUGUGCCAGUGCCAGUGCCAGCAGCCGCCUCCAAGCCCUCCAGCAACAAGCCGCGGAAGAAGAAGCCCAGCAGCGACUUCAACGCGACCGAGGGCUUCUACUACUACGCCGGGUUCGGCCCCUUCCGCAGCAAGAGGCACUGCAGAAGCGGCGGCACCAACGAGCCUGUGCCUGCUGUAAAGCAAGAGGAGGAGGAAGUGCCUGAAGAUGCUUCUCCUCCUGCUGCAGAUCAGGCUCAAACUGCUGAAGAUACCAAUCGGGCUGCUCCUCACAAUGAUGUGUCUAGCUGUGAUGACGACAUUGCAGGGAUUGCUGGUGUGGACGAGGAUAGCAGCGACGACGACUACGAUGGGAUUGGUAUCGCUGGCAGCAGCAUGGAUGGAAGUGGUGAUCCACAUGCUAGCAACGGUGACGGCAAGAGGAAGACCCCGUGGAAGCGGUGGAGGAAGCCGGUGAAGGCGCGGUCACUCAAGUCCUUGAUGUGAUGGAGCCUCCGUGGUUGUAGUGGACGGGUUAAUCAGCUAGCUUGGCUUAGCUUAAUUCUUCUUUUAUUCCGUCCGGUUUUGCUGUUGACUUGGUUGGUGGUACAAACUGCUUCGCUUUUUGCAUCCUGAUUUGCCUGCCUGUUCCAUGGUUUGUCAUCGAUA